AUGCAUUCUUUCAAGAUUAUUCUCAUCUCUCUUGUUCCUGUACUGGCGAUGCCAGCGACAAGCCUACAGGACAUGGACGAUGAAGAGCCUUUUGACUUCGAUCAGGGCUUCCUUGUCCCUGCGAACGUUUCAAUCGAAGACUAUGAUUUUACUCCCAUGGUCUCACUGUCUCAUCUCAAAAUACGCGACCUUGGAACAUGGGAAGAACCUCUCGCUCCUGAGAUGGGCAACAUGACCGAAUUUGAUCUCGAUACCCGUGCACCCAAAGAGACCAGACUCUUCUUCGGCAAGACUCAAGUUGACUAUGGCUGUGAAGCCUCCAUCAGAAACCCCCUCGGCACAGCCAUCCACUCCAUCUGCGGAAAUGGAGACUGCGACAAGAGCGUCGUGUACACCCGAAAGGUCAAGCAUAUGGCUGGCGGUGGCCGUAGAAAGGACGCCUGGCUCCGUAUCUCAGUCAGAGGCGAGUACUUUGGACGUCACACGCGAGGGUACAUGGCCUCUGCUGUUCAAAAGUCAGUCACCCCCAAGACUGCCAAGCCAGCUAUGCGAUACUAUCUCCCGACAAACCCAAACUUCCAGGCUCAGAGCUGUAAGAUGUCCAAGUUCAGCAACUACAUCAAGAUGCGCAAGAACUUUGGGGAUACCAUCUAUAUGGAGAUUGAAGUUAGCCUUCAGACUAGUAACACACACUGCUUUACACCAAAUCUUCUCAAAGAGGUUGCCGGUGCGCUCGGAGGGAUUGGCGGUUCCUUUUUUGGUACUUUCGUUACUGCCAUGAUUGGUUGUUAA